UAUCGUAGAGUGUCGAAGAGACAAGGUGGCGCUUUGAGACACUAUCACUCCAAACAAAAGUGUUAAUCUUGCGGUUGCGUAUGACUGUUAGGGCAACAGAAGUGCUGCAAGAGCAAAGCCGUGCAAAGGCCUUUCGUUGUGCGCCGCGGCCACUGUUUCGUGACCUGUCCGUUCCGUUCUCCACAAUUAUUGCUGGUCCCGAACGAUCACAGUGCCAGCGAAAGAAGCGAAACAAAUAGCAAGAAAUAACAAAAGGUGGGCCGAGGUACAGAGAGUGGUCCGGUUGACUGUGGAGAGCACGGAGUCGAGUGUGCACAGAUCAGGAAUCGAGAUAAAAAAAAGGUGAAAAUAGACCGCCGAGGAAAGCGGAUACAAUAGACGAGAGGUGGCGAGAGAAAAACUGGAAUCAAAAAGCUCAACCACCGACGCAGCAUAGCACAGUUCCAGUUGCACAUAACCCACGGGCCCGCUAAGACUAGAGACCCACCAGUUCAGGGUCCGGUCCUCGUGAGAGCGGCCAAAGUGCCGUUGUGUUCUGUCGCUGCCGCUGUUUCUGCGGUCUUGCGGUUGCUGGUGCGCCAUAGAAGCUAAGGUUUCGUUGCUCAUUGAGCAAAUCUGCUUCGCAUCCGCUGCGCUUAAAUCGGCGGCUCACCCAGAGCAUAACCACGCACGUCAUCGACGGUGCAUUUGUGGUGCAGCAUCCGUUCGAGAUGGCAUCUAACGGAGCAUACAAUCUUACGGUGGAUGGCGAACUGCGCUAUCUCUUGCAGUGGUUUGAAGAGUGGAGCGACUUCCAGCGUGAAGACUUCGUUCCUUUCAUGGUGUCCUACUUGUCGCGUCAACAUAGUGGAGCAUCGCACGUAAACGGCAUCAUCGGAGCAAUGGUACAGUUGAACCCCGGGCAGGACAAACCGAUGAGUUUGUUCCAGUGUAGGGUAAAAUUGUUCAACGAAUGGUCCAUCAAGUGGCCGGAAGAAUUUAAAAUCAAAUUGAUGGAUCGCCUCGAGCAGAUCGAUGGCCCGAUCGCUGCACGAAUACGAGCCGAGCUGCUGGACGGAUCCAGCAACGGAGUGACCGAUGAAGCGACGCCCAGGGAAUUGAUGGAAAAUGAUUUGACGGAAACAACCACAAUUGUCCUCGAGGCGACCGUUCCCGUGCCGCUGCUUGUAGCUGACGAAGAUUAGAUGAAAGCCUGAAUCGAACGGAUCGUUACAGAAACACCACAUUCCAAUCAUUCCCGGGUGUAUCCGACGGUAGAGUUAAGGAUGCCAAUUGGGCCUAGGAUCACAAGGCAUCGGAGAACAGAUAUUUAUUGACAUUUGCUCGUUAUUAAUCAGCCAUUUUAGCGGUGAAGCGGUACCAAACGAGUGUUGUAUAGAAUUUCCUCUAUAUCUCGCGUAAGAAUCACGUUUUCCACUAUUUAAAUCAUUAAACCAUGUCACUACAUGUAUGUUGCAAAUCAAAGCAAGAAGACUCGUAGUAGUAAGGAGGAAGGAAUCUUGUAUUUAUACAGGUAUUUAUAGGCUAGUGGCGAUGGCCAGAAAAUCCAAUCAAUGCCAUAUGCGAAUGCUACUGCAUCUGGGGUAGGGAACCUUCUGUGGAGGCAGCUGACGCAUCACACAUUGUGAGGUGUCUUG